AUGUAUCCCGUUUUUAUUCCUCAGAAGGACUUGAAAUCAAGGGGGUGCUACAACUUGCAGUGCCCAGGAUAUGUUUCUGCAAGUGGAGCUAAUCUGGUACCUGGACAAGCCAUUGUUCCUCCAUCAAUGUAUGGAAAACAAGACUACUAUGUUAGGCUUAGCCUCAACCAGGAUCCAAAUUCCGAAGAUUGGGUGGUGUACCGUCAUGAUUUAGAAAAACCAUCAUUAUUGGGACAUUUUCCAAAGAAGCUUUGCCCUGGAACACCACGGAUACAAGCCUUGACUGGAUUCGUGAAUUACUUGAAGAAUGCACAUGGUCCUCCAAUGGGUAGUGGCCACUUCCCCGAUCAUUACGACCAUGACAAUAAGAAAUCUGCGUACUUCAAGCACAUUCGGUAUUAUAAUCAAAAUGGUCAUUCUUAUAGCCCGUUUGGCGUUCCAAUGGUCAAGUUAGUUGAUAGGCUAGAUUGUUAUAGAGCAAAUGAUUUAGUUCUUGAUUAUAAGAGGGGUUAUAUGUUCAACUAUGGUGGACCAAGUGGUUGUGUUGGUUGA